AUGGCCUCUCUUGCUGCCCCCAGUGCCCAGCGUGAGAAGGCGGCGAUCGUCCGCUGGCAUGCCCCGCCAGCCCUCGGCCUGAGCCCCGUGGCCCCGCCCCCCGCCACCCUGCACUGCCCCGGCUCCCCCGCGGCCCCCACACUGCAGUGCGGCCGGGCCCCCCCUCUGGAGGCCCGGCAGCCGCCUCCGCCCGAGGCCCCCGCUGGCCCCCCGGCCCGUGCCAGGGUGCCCUCGGAUGAGGACAGAGACCCCGAGAACGCCCGAAUGCAGCGGGCGCAGAUGGCCGCGCUGGCCGCCAUGCGGGCUGCUGCGGCCGGCCUCGGACCUGCACCCAGCCCCAGUGGCUCUGAGGACGGGCCGCCCGGCUCGGAGGAUGAGGACACGGCCCAGGAGGGGGCAGCCGGCUCUCCCGGCCCAGGCAGAGAGGUGCCAGGACUUGCCGAAGGCGACAGACACUUGGACGACUUGGGCUCUGACGAUGACCUGAAGCCGAAAUGGGAAGAGGAGGAGGAGGAGGAGGAGCUGGAGGAAGACCUGGGGGACGAGGACGGGGAUGAGGACGAGGACGAGGAGGACUACGAGGAUGAAGAGGGGCUCGGGCCCCCCAGUUCUACUGGCCUGGGCCAUGCUGCUCUGCUCCCCCGCAAGGCCCCACCGCCCCAGGCCUUCCGUGGCGGUGACGGCGGGCCCCGCGUGCCGGGUGGCCAGGAGCGAGCAGGGGCCGGCCCGGCCCACCCUGGGGGCGUGGCCCACGUGGCCCCCCAGCUGCAGCCUCCUGACCACGGGGACUGGACAUACGAGGAGCAGUUCAAGCAGCUCUACGAACUGGAUGGGGACCCCAAGAGGAAGGAGUUCCUGGACGACCUGUUCAGCUUCAUGCAGAAACGAGGCACGCCCGUGAACCGCAUCCCCAUCAUGGCCAAGCAGGUGCUCGACCUGUUCAUGCUGUACGUGCUGGUGACGGAGAAGGGCGGCCUGGUGGAGGUCAUCAACAAGAAGCUGUGGCGCGAGAUCACCAAGGGCCUCAACCUGCCCACGUCCAUCACCAGCGCGGCCUUCACCCUGCGGACCCAGUACAUGAAGUACCUGUACCCCUACGAGUGUGAGAAGCGCGGCCUCAGCAACCCCAACGAGCUGCAGGCGGCCAUCGACAGCAACCGGCGGGAGGGCCGGCGGCAGAAUUUCGGCGGCUCCCUCUUCGCCUACUCGCCGGGCGGGGCCCACGGCAUGCUGUCCUCCCCCAAGCUGCCCGUGUCCUCUCUGGGCCUGGCCGCCAGCACCAACGGCAGCUCCAUCGCCCCGGCCCCCAAGAUCAAGAAAGAAGAGGAUUCGGCCAUCCCCAUCACAGUCCCCGGCCGCCUGCCCGUGGGCCCCUGGCGCCACCCCGUGGUGGCGGCCCAGGCGGUAGCAGUGCAAGCGGCGGCGGCCCAGGCGGCCGUCGCGGCCCAGGCGGCCGCCCUGGAGCAGCUUCGAGAGAAGCUGGAGUCCGGGGAGCCUCCGGAGAAGAAAAUGGCUCUGGUAGCAGACGAGCAACAGCGGCUCAUGCAGCGAGCACUACAGCAGAACUUCCUGGCCAUGACGGCCCAGCUGCCCAUGAGCAUCCGAAUCAACAGCCAAGCCUCCGAGAGCCGCCAGGACUCGGCUGCGAGCCUGACCAGCACCAAUGGCAGCAACAGCAUCAGCAUGUCGGUGGAGAUCAACGGGGUCAUGUACACAGGAGUGCUGUUUGCUCAGCCGCCGGCCCCCACGCCACCUUUGGCCCCCAGCAAAGGUGGCGGUGGCAGCAGCCGGGGAGGAAACAGCGGGACCAGCAGCGGCAGCGGCGGCACGGGCGGCCAGGCCGGGCCUGCGGGGUUGUCCGCACCCCCCACGUCUUCUACCUCAAAUAACUCAUUGCCUUAACCUCACCACUCACCCGCCGCCCCACCCCGGAGCCCGUCAGACUGGGCGGGGGUCGAGAGGUGGGCCACGCAGGGGCCGGGGUGGUGGAACAUACAGGUGGGGAGGGGAGAGAUCCACAGAGGAGCCACAGCUAACGCCAAAAAGAAAAAGAAAAAUAUAUAUACGUAUAUAUAUAAAGAAAAUUUAAUAAAACAGGGGAAAACCAAGGAACACUUGAAUUACUCAGGUUUCAGACAUUCAGAAAGAUGAAUUGUGAGUACAGCCAAGGAAAUCGGAAGAAAGAGUGGCCGGCGCUUCCCAGGGCUUUCCUGCAGCCCGGUGGCCGUCUCGGACUGGUGUCUGGUGUCUGGUUUGGACCAGUUGCAAUGUAAGGCCAGAUCCUGUUUACCUCAUACAUCUCUGCACUGUGUUUUUAUCAUUUUUGCCUGUUUUUUUUUUUUUUUUCCUCCUGUUUUUUCUAUUCAUCACACACUCACCACACCCAGCUCCUUGUGUUGAAUGAAACCCCUGAGCCAAGAUCAGUUGAAUUUUUUUUCUUGUCGCUUUUGGAAAAA